UCACCAUUCUCGACUUCAACUCACCGUUCCGCCCCAUUCGACUUCCAUCCUCUCUUUAAUCUCCCGACGCUCCGCCGCACACGACGACCGGCAUACCGCGACUUCCUCACUUUUCUUCGACACGCACCCAUCUCAUCGCACGUGCGAGAGAAUUCAUCGACCACGAGCCAUUGCUGUUGACGCACCACUUGCCGGAGCUCGCAUCUGAUACAUACAUACACGCUCUCAUCACCGAGCUCGUCAAAAUCCGCAUCGAUCAUCGUGCCUCACUCCACCACCUCGCCGCCUCGAUAAUUCCCUCAUUCAACCAUGGCAACUGAACACGCCGGUCUGCCCAACGGCACGGGCUACGCGCAUCAAAACUACGAGCAGAACGCUUACGCCUAUGCUUCCAACAACGCUACUUCUCAGCAACCCACUUCGACUACGCCCGCCAACUCCGCCCCUUCGCAACCUGAGAUCUCCAAGGAUGAGGUCGGCUGGUACUUUGUCGAGCAAUACUACACCACCUUGAGCCGGAGUCCUGAAAAGCUCUACCUCUUCUACAACAAGCGCUCGCAAUUUGUGUCGGGCCAAGAGACGGACAAGGUCGCAGUGUGUGUCGGCCAGCGCGCCAUCAACGACAAGAUCAAGGAGCUCGACUUCCACGACUGCAAGGUGCGAGUCACCAACGUCGAUUCCCAAGCAUCCGACUCGCACAUCGUCAUUCAAGUCAUCGGCGAGAUCUCCAACCGCUCGCAGCCUCAUAAGAAAUUCACCCAGACAUUCGUUCUCGCAACUCAGACCAAUGGCUACUUCGUCUUGAACGACAUUUUCAGAUACCUGGUUGAGGAGGAGGAUGAGGCCGAGGUCGAGGCCGCUGCGCCUGCGCCUGCGGAGGAGGUUCAGCAGGUGUCCGGCACCGAGAAGAGCGAGUCGAAGCGCGAGUCGAAGCAAGCAGAGGCCGAGCUGAAGACUCUGAUCAGCUCCGCCGAGCCGGCUGUGAUCGAGCAGGCUGCCAAGAGAGUUGACAAGGAGUUGGAGGAGAAGGCCGUCCAGCCCGCCGAGGAUGCUCCAAAGGUCAAUGGCAACCAUGUGGCCGAGGAGGAGUCCAAGGCGGUGGAGGAGACUCCGGCGCCUGUUGAAGAGAAGAAGGAAGAGCCCGCUGCAGAGACUACAAAGACUGCCCCGGUUGAAGAGGAGAAGAUCGAGCAGGAGAAGCCCAAGGACCCCGAACCAACACCUGCCAUCUCGCCAGUCGCUAAGAAG